UCCUUCUCUACCUUCUCGUGUUAUGUGCUCCGUUACGCAGAACCAAAAUAAAAAUAACCAGAAAUAGAAAAUGGAAACCACCAGAAGAUGAAAAAUCUAUCUAAUCUCUCUCUUCCUCUUCCUCUUCUGGUAAUGGAAAAUAUCAGUUCUCAGUUAUAGCUCCCACUUUACAGUUGACUGUUGAGCCUUUUUCCUUUGGCCACCAACACCAAACAGUCCUAGGGUUUUCAAACCAUUCACCAAACUCAUUCACAACUAUCACACAGAUGAUUAGUCCGAAACGCAGAGAUAGAGAGACCGUUCCCUGCGAUUUCUGCCACGAGCAGAUUGCCAUUCUCUAUUGCCGAGCCGACUCGGCCAAGCUGUGUUUGUUUUGUGACCAACAAGUCCACUCUGCCAACGCCCUCUCACGCAAGCACCUCCGCUCUCAGAUCUGCGAUAACUGCGGAUCUGAACCCGUCUCCGUUCGCUGCUCCACUGACAAUUUGGUGCUCUGUCAAGAGUGUGACUGGGAUGCCCAUGGGAGUUGUUCUGUAUCAGCGGCACACGAUCGGAACCCUAUUGAAGGGUUUUCUGGGUGUCCUUCAGCUCUUGAGCUCGCUAUGGCUUGGGGUUUUGAUAUUGAAGAUAAGAAGCCCCAGUUUAACUUAGAGUCGGUCUCGAAUUGGGCCUUUCAGGAGUCAAUAAAUAAUUUGAAUGGUGAUGGGCAUAUUGAUUCGUGGAUGUACAAGGCCAUUCCACCUGUUACGAUGCAAGAUCUGAUGGUUCCGAACGAGAAUGGGGGGAUUUAUGGAAGCGAGAAUUUGGGGGAGAUGGUUAAGGGAUUGAAGAGGCAGAGUCUGACUUGUGGAAAACAAAAGCAAGUGAUAUUGAGACAGUUGAUGGAGUUGUACAAAAGUGAUUUAGUGGAUGGUGGUGGUGGUGGUUUUGGUGGAGGUGGAGGUGGAGGGGAGGAUUUGGUUCCGGGAACUCCUCAUAGGAGGGGUUGUGGUUGGCAGGGGAAUGUGGAAGGUUGUGGAUUGGAAGAUGUGGGUGCUGGAGAUGCGAAUGUCGCGAAUCAAUCAGUUCAGCGGCAGCUGCAACCACAACAAAAUACUCCGUUUACAUCUUUGCUUAUGAUGAAUAGUCAGGUGGAUUUUAAAGGGAGCGAUCGGAUCAUUGAUGGGGAUAUGUUGUGGGACUCCAAACCUAUUGAUCACAGAACUCAGAUAUGGGAUUUUAAUUUGGGGCGGUUAAGGGAUCAUGAAGAAUCUGGUUCAUUAGAAGCAGAGUAUGGUGGAAGCGACUCGGUAUUUAUGAUGAAAAGUUAUGGUGAACUGUUGAAAGAAGCUUCCUUGGAAACCACAAAAGGGUUGGGAGAAAUUUACAAGAUGAAUUCCUCCACUGCACAUGCAGAUAUCACAGCUUUUAAUGUAAGCCAUUUUGAUAGUGGUGAUAGGUGAUAACCGUUAUAUUUUUUAUUUCAUUAGUCAUUUACAUCUUAGAAACUGUUUUCUUCUGUGACAAAUUGUAAACCUCAACUUUAAUUUAAUGUUCUCCUAGGGAUGCUGAAUAUAACAUUAUAAACUGUGACUAAACAAUGUUCAUGCAUAGGCAAUACAAAUGAGAAAUUGAAAUUAAAGCUAAACCUUCUAAAGUAAUUUAUGAGUUCUUAGAAGUAUAAGGUAAUGUUUGGUUAGCUUUCCGAAAAUUGUUUUUUGUUCUCAAAAUUUCAAAAACACCCAAAACCUAGGGCCAAUUUGGUUUGCGUUUCAAAAAUUAGUAUCUGAAAACAGUUUUU